GCACUGCGCAUGCGCACUGCCUCCAGGACGCCGACAGCGGAGCCGAGCCGAGCAGCGGGGGGAAAAAUGGCCCUGGAUAAUUUGAUUUUCGCCCAGUGCAUCCUGUAUUUCCUCGCCUUCGUGUUCGGCUUCAUCGCCGUGGUGCCCCUGUCGGAGAACACGGAGGACUUCGGCGGGAAAUGCCUGCUGUUCACGCGCGGCAUGUGGCAGAACGAGAACAUCACGGUGUCGAAGCAGCGCUUCAUCGUGGAGGAGUGGGGACCCGAGUCCUCCUGCAGCUUCAUCACCUUCGUGGGCAUCGCGUCGCUCAUCCUGUCCGCCGUGCAGGCGUGGAGGCUGCUCUUCUUCCUCUGCAAGGGACACGACGACUCCAUCUUCAACGCCUUCCUCAACCUGCUGAUCAGCUCGCUGGUGGUCUUCACGGUCUUCCUCUCCAGCACCAUCGUCAGCGUGGGGUUCAACCUGUGGUGCGACGCCAUCACCGAGGGGGGGACCAUGCCCAGCAGCUGUGAGGACCUGCAGGACACCGACCUGGAGCUCGGCGUCAACAACUCGGCGUUCUACGAUCAGUUUGCUAUAGCUCAGUUCGGCCUGUGGGCCGCCUGGCUCACCUGGCUGGGCAUCGCCGUCAUGGCCUUCCUCAAGGUCUACCACAACUACCGGCAAGAGGACCUGCUGGACACCCUGAUCCACGAGAAGGACCUGCUGCUGGGCCGCUCCUCGCGCCGCGGCUCCGACCUCAAGACCGGCCUGAUCUAGACGAGCGGACGACGCGCGCACACACACACACGCACACACACACACACACACACACACGUUCACACGUAACCGUACGCUCCUCCUGCCUGUGUAGACAAUCACCAUCAAUUGGCCCGAUCUCCUAUUGACGACGGAUCCGAUCAAACGGACGUUCAGUUGAUUCCCCCCCUCAGAAGAAGAAAACCGGCGUCUAAUCUCUCAGUACUUCUGCUUUAUUAGGUUCAAUCCUCCAGCCAGACUUUGACAGUAUUAAAGGUAUUCCGUAGAUAUAUUUACUCUCAGUUUGAGUCUAAAGUAUAUUUAGUGACACAGUAUUCUUAGUUUGAUCUGAAGAGCCGAUCAUCUUGUGUUGGUGAAACUCUUGCAUGGAUCUAAUGCAUGACAAAUUAAUAGGGUGAUAUUUAGAUGUAAAGGGAUGCUUUCUUCUUCUUCUUCUUCUUCUUUUUUUUUUAAACA